GCCAGCUCCAAGAGUGUACAGCAGAUCAAAAGGGCACGGAUUCAAGUUUGUCAACUAAAGAACCUAAAAGAUGAAAACAUAUGUGUUAUCCUGUCUUGUGUUCCUUGCACUGGGAACAUGCUUUCCCUCUGAAUCCAGUCCUUAUGUGGAUAAAGACCUGAGAGAUAUUUUGGACAACACAAUGUCUCUUAAUGUAUUAAAUGAAGGUCUUAAAAGCUAUAUACCUGAAUUUUUCGCUAGCCCCACCCGGGCAAAGAAAUCUGAAGAUGUGGAUUCAUUGCUUAGUGUGGCCAAAGAACUUCAAGGAUUUGGCAAGGAACGAGCAGGUUUCAGGUUUAGGUUUGGAAGGCAGGAUGGAAGCAGUCCAGGCUCAGAUAAAAAAUGGAGCAAUGACCUACUAGACCUGCUCUUCCCAUCACCCUCUACUGAUUCCUGGAAAAGAAGUGGAAGUCUGGGAUCCCUGGCAGAGGAGCUCAAUGGCUAUAACAGGAAGAAAGGUGGCUUCAGCUUCAGAUUUGGGAAAAAAUAAGUUGCUUAGUAUUAAAGUGUUUGGCACAUGCAGUGGUUUGUGAUACAUACCACUUUCUUUACAAAAGACUAAAUUUCUUAUAAUCAUGCAUAUACCAUACAUAACAAGAUUUUUCUUAUAAGUUAUUUUUCUUUUGCUUACUUUUUAUGUCACAGGUAGAUAUGAACAAGUAAAUUAACAUUUAAAGACCAAAGUGGCUGUGUUUAAGGCAUUUUGCUUACACCUUUUCUCUUGCCUACCUCAAACAGUGAUUAUGAACAAUAGAAUAUAGCAUAAAACUAAAAAAAAAAAAAACUCAGAAGACAUUUUUUCUUUGGAGUUUGUUUUUUAAAAGACUAGGCAGGAUUAUUCCACAUUAAUCCAAAGAUAAAUAUUAAUCAAUGAGUUACUAUCUUUUACUUAUAGACUUUAAUGUAUGUAUCAAAAGAUGCUGGUUGCACUAAAGGUGCAUACAUCUAACUCUCUAUGCUGUAUACAGAACUUAUUUUAUAUUCAGUGACUUAACCUAAAGCAACUCAACUACCAAAAAACACAUUUUAUUUUUUUUUUCCUAAAUUCGCAUCAUGUGUUAAUGUUUGUCACCAACAGUAUCUGCAAUAUAUGGACACUAAAUUAUUUUGUUAUAUUAAACAUACUGCAUGUAAUUGUUUUUCUUUCAGUGAUACCUGAAUAACUUACCUUUAACAUUUGUCUUUGGUGUCUUAAAUCUCAAAGUCUUCACAAAUUCAUUUGCAAUCUUGCCAUUAGCUCCUUAGUUGCUGAGAAUCAUAAUGGACCUAAGUGCAGUUCUUUGCUUUAACGGUGACAGAUAAGAUGAAGGUAUGUGUGUUAUUAUGUAAGAUUUGCUUUGUAUGUGCAUGUAAGUGUGUGUGAGAAUAACAGUCUAAAAGGACUCAUGUUUAUUAGUGACACUUCAUCCCUUUUGUUGAAAUGCAUGUGUAAUACAUGUCCUUAAGGAUAUUGAUUCUGCAUACCUGGAAUACUUAACUCAUCUGAAUAUGUUCUAUACAAUAGAAUGGUAGCUUCAGAUAGAGCCACCAAUGACAACAGGAGUCUAGUAUUAAUAAGCUUAGUUACUUUUUCUUAGCAUAAUGCUGCUAGCUAUUGCAGAGGAUUAAGGCUCUCAACUGUUAAGGAGCUGCUUCCAGUAUUCAAGGGUACAGUGUUUGAUUCCUUCCACCUCCAUUGGUAUACUGUGUGACCCUGAGCAAGUCAUUUAAUCACACAGUACUCUUGGGUCACCACAAACAAGGACACUUUCACCCAGUGAACUUGCCUGGUUAAUAAGUAAGUGCUUCCUUUCGUUCACUUGUAUAGUUCUCCUUGCUCUCCGCAGUUCCUAUUCAUUUCACCCAGUUACUAACCUGUCCAGUCAGUGCUAUUCUUCAGCAGAGGUACCUAGCUGCCUUAAAAUACAGAGCCAAUGCAUCAAAUUAUGUCUUCUGCUACCAUGACAAAAUUCCAUCUGUUCAUUUCUCCUUUGAGUUACAAUGUGUGCCAUGCUGCCCACAUAAGAAAUGUGGACGCUGCAGUAUCCAUUACCCCUCUCAUGGCCUUCAAUAAAGGCAGCUGCUAUUGAUUCAAUUUGUGUUAGUUAAGAAGUAAAUAAGAAGUGAUAUGCAGUGCCCUGUGAAAUCUGUAAACCUUGAAUACCAAGAUUUUCCUUCCCGGGACUCUGGAGAAGUGCCCUUCUGUCCUCCUCCCAAAACUGGAUGACUUACA